GGGAAAUCGUGGCGCGACUUACGAUAGGUGCGCUACUAAUCGACAUGGUUUCUAGUUGUUUUGUGUAGUGCUUGAACCCGUAAUCUCUGUUACACUGCAGCUGUUUUGUGUUGAGAAGCAGAACUUUCAAAUAAUUGGGCUUAAAUCUCAAUAAAUUUAUUCUGAUAUGUUAUGAAAUGGAAGGGAAUUACUUCGAUCUUGAUAUUCCUUUUGAAGCAAUGAACGCGCACCUCCUUGCACGCUUGGUUGAUUGUGGAUAUUACUAUGUGGCGGUCAGUCAGUCUGUAUCAGUAGAUGACUUCAAUUUCGAAGUUAAAUCAGAUUCCACUACUAGGAAGAAAAACAAAGAAGAAAGACAAGCUAUGCGUCAGAACCUCACUGCUAAGUUAGAACCCCCUUCUCCAGAUGUUCUUCAAGCUUAUAUUAAUGAAAGUAGUAUGUUCAGAGCUUCCGUGUCGCCUUCUGCUAUAUCAUGUAAACCACGAAUAUUCACACGUUUGACUAUAUAUUGCAAUAAUGCUGAAAAUGCCGGUUUAUUCUUCCGUCAAUUUGAGGAUAAACUUGGUGCCUUCGAUGUUGUGAGUUUCUGUCCUACUUCCAAUAGCGCUUUUGCAUAUGCAUGUGAAAAGGCUGUGAACAUUGACCUUAUAUCUUUAGACCUUACAAAAUCAAGUGAAAUUCGACUGUUAAGUAAACAAUGCAAUUUGAUGAUGUCACGAGGUAUCCACUUAGAAUUCCAGCUUGCUCCAGUACUUCGCUCUUCCUCUGGAACCUAUGGCGCACGUACAGUCUUAUCACAGUAUUUCAGCAGCUUACUCUGCAUAGCACGGAAGUCAUUUACAAAUAUGAUAGUCGUCAGUUCCGGGGCGUCAAGCGGGUGGGAAGUCCGUCGACCAGUGGCUGUAUCUGCAAUGCUUGGUUGUCUAGGUCUGCAACCUCAGGAGGCAACUCACUCUUGUCUUACCAAGGCGCCUUUUGCAGUAGUGACUCAUGGUCUUAUACGAAGCAAAACAGUACAUGGUGCAGCUGCACUGCUUAAACUUUUGUCUAUGCCAAAUGUAUCUUCUAUCGUUGUUAAACCUACUGUAAAUAAACAAACUACAGACGAAGCUAGUUGUGUAGAAGAUCAAUUACCUUGUAAGAAGAUAAAACUGACGCAGUAA